AGAAGAUGAGUAUGCGCGUUCUCGAUGAGAACUUUGUGCGCGUUUUUUAUAAUUGUCAAACGGCGAGGCGUGAAUUGACGAACUGCUUGUGGCUUCCGUAUGUUUUCUCUUCGUGAAACGUUUGCGCGUCUGAGUACACGGUCUGUUGUUGUUGCUCUUCGAUUCGAGGCUACAGUACGCUUAUAUCCUGUUAUUGAUUGCAUUGCCAAUCAAACGCUUUGGUACGCGUACAGUUCUCUCGAGCCAUUCAGCUCAGAAGAUUAGUUUACUUGACGUCGAUUAAAUGUAUGGUAUCCCUUAUUUUCAACAUACGCGCCUUUAUAUUCUCGACGUAAUUUUGAAUGUUCGCAAGAAGGAAUAUAAGAUAGUAGCGCUUUUCUUCGUACGUCCACGAAUCGCGCUUGUAAAGUAACAAAGUGAUUUUCAUGAAGCAUAUCAGUUACGAGUCCCAUCUAUGAUAUAUCAUUACAACACCUCGUAAGUGCAAAAAAACUCGGGCUGAAAUUUUAUUUGCUGAAUGCUUGCCGUUUAACCUAAAAUAAAUCAGCUGUUAUAGCGUAAACAACGUCUACGGGGAUACAAUUUCGUUGAAAGCUUUCAUUUUAUGAUAAAUCCAAGCGACUUGAAGACAGUAAAGCGUAGUUGUAGUCGACACAGUAGGAUCGAAAUUUCUAGAAAUCGUGAAGCGAGGCACGAUUUUGAAGUAAAAAUUUAACGCAUCAACAUUGUUUUCAUUUGGCCUUCUCUAAAUCAAGCCGGAGACUGUACUUUCUCUCUUUUUACUUCGUCAAUUACCGAUGAAAAAUGUGGCACUGCGCGAGAGCCAAUAAACUGCCACAAUAUUGGUGUCCUCAAGACUUGAAAGCAGUUUUGCUGAACAAAGUCGAGCCGUACGACGAGAUGACGGAGAAGAGCCAGAAGUUUUUGAAUAUCCUGCAAAGGUUGAGCAGCGUCGAUCGGCUAGAGCUGUCGCAAUGCCACUACCUUCAACUGCUGAAACUCGGCCUCUACUUGGAGGAGUAUCAACGCAACGUCGACUCGCGCAAGUACAACAUGUACGGUCAGAAGAUCCAAUUCGUGCACGACAAGUUAUACAAGAUUUACAUCAGAGAUAUUGAGAAGGAUCAUCCGCUGCACAACGGUUGCUACCUCGUCGAGCUCAUCGAUUGCAAGGACACCAGCAAGACCAAGUGCGUACUGAAAGUGAAGAGCGUGAUGAACGAUCACGUCGUUGUCGUCGGCUAUCCGCUCUUUUGCGAGAGCUACCAAUCGAGCCAGGUUUUCAACAUCAGAUUCAGAUCAAACAGCUAUCCGUUUCGCUGCGGACACUAUGCGCUCUCGUUGACCAGUUUUUACAAAAUGACCCCUUACCUGUUUCCAUCCAAAACUGAAAACACUGACUCACAAAAGGUUUUACCCGCUGACAGAGAAACGUGGUUCAACGAGCAGAUCGCUGAAAACCCUGAGCAGAAGCAGGGAGUAUUAAACAUCAUCGGGAAGUCGUCGUUUCCCACUCCUUACAUUAUCUACGGACCUCCAGGAACGGGAAAGACAGCGACUUUGGUCGAAGCGAUUUGUCAGAUAUACCAAUCGACGAGCGAGAAUGUUUUGGUAUGUGCACCGUCGAACGCAGCUGCCGAUGUGAUAACGCAGCGGCUACUGAAGUAUCUCCCGUCCAUGGUGCUUGGACGAAUGUUCAGCCCGUCGAGAGACACAAAUCUCAUCGAAACCGAGGUGAAGGUGUGCUCGAACUUGGACGACUAUGGCAAAAUAAUACAACUAAACUGCACGCUCGUUCGUUCAAAGCGAGUCGUAAUAUGCACGCUCUGCACGUGCACAAGGUUACUAUUCCUGAAUUUGCCGAUCAAGUUCGGCUACGUGUUCAUCGACGAGGCUGGCCAAUCGACAGAGCCCGAGUCAUUGAUAGCCUUCACCGCCAUCAAUCUUCACGGUAGUCCGCGAUGUCAGAUUGUCAUCUCAGGCGAUCCACAGCAGUUGGGACCUGCUAUUCGAUCCAAGUACGCUGCUCCGAUUCUAGGUCAAUCGAUACUCGAGCGCUUGAUGAAACUCGAGCUGUACAAGAAGAGCAACGACAAUAAUUACAAUUUUCGUUACAUUACCAAGCUGUUGCGGAAUUAUCGAAGCCACCCGAUCAUCAUUCACGUACCGAAUGAACUUUACUACGAUAACGAGCUGCUCGCCUGCAACGAUAAGUGCACCUUCGCCAGCAACAAGUUUCCUGUCGGGUUUCCCGUCAUCUUCCACGCGGUUUAUGGCCAGGAGCUGAGGGAGAACAACUCCACGAGUUCGUACAACGAGGCCGAAGCAGCCGCAGUCUUGAAGUACGUUCGCUUGCUGCUCGGUGAGAAAGUCGGUGACAAGGCCAUCGCGAUGAAGGACAUCGGUAUCGUGACUCCCUUCGCCGCCCAGAGCAACCAUCUGCGAAGGUGUCUGAAAGCUCAUAAUCUCACCAACGUCACAGCUGGCACCGUUGAGAUCUUCCAAGGUCAAGAGAAAGAUGUGAUCAUCGUGUCGACGGUUCGCUCGAGGACCUUCGUUCAUGAGCAACGCGAGCACAUCGGUUUCCUCUCCAACGCGCGCAGAUUCAACGUCGCGCUCACCAGAGCCAAAGCCGUCCUCGUGGUGAUUGGUAAUCCUACAGUUCUGCAGACGGAUGUCAAUUGGCGACACUUCCUACGGUUUUGUCAGAACAACAAUGCUUGUCGCGGAGAGGCGUUCGAUCUAAUGGAUGGCAACGACGCGAAGGAUGCUGUCGCAAAAAAGAGUUGCGCAACGUCGGCAGAUCUGUUCUCGGAGACGCUCAAUGUAUUGCGACUUGGUGACGGAAUAAAUAGGCAGAAAGGCAAUCAUUUCAACAGGUUUCUAUUCUCUGCUGCGCGGAACCAGAACUGUAGUAUACUUUGAGAGAUGUGUCGCACCGGCAUGUCGAAAUUUUAUCGCAUGAUAUGCCUAAGUUUUUAUUCAUUGAUACAUUUGCAUCGAACGCUAAUUAGUUGUUUUAUAUAUUUUAUCAUGUGCUUUUAUGCGGAUGUUAUGUUUUGUUCGUUACGCGCAAGGAUGCGUGAACUUAGUUUUUUAUAUAUAGAUUGCCAUUUAAAUGUAUGCUUAUUCAAAGUAUGUUUUAUUAAAUAAAGUAUUUUUUCCAA